UCGGCCCCUCCUCCCUCCCUCCGCCCGCCCCACCAGCCGGAGCCCGGCCCAGUGCUCCAGAGAAAGGCCGGCCUGCAGCACCCGCCACCGUCGCCGACCGCCCGCACGCCCGUCCGGAGCUGUGACUGAUGAAAAUUAAAGGCCAUGGAUGAAGAUGGACUUGAAUUACAACCACAAGAACCAAACUCAUUUUUUGAUACAACAGGAGCUGACGCUACACACAUGGAUGGUGAUCAAAUUGUUGUGGAAGUACAAGAAACUGUUUUUGUUUCAGAUGUUGUGGAUUCAGACAUAACUGUGCAUAACUUUGUUCCCGAUGACCCAGACUCAGUUGUAAUCCAAGAUGUUAUCGAGGACGUUGUUAUAGAAGAUGUUCAAUGUCCAGAUAUCAUGGAAGAAGCAGAUGUAUCUGAAACAGUCAUCAUUCCUGAGCAAGUGCUGGACUCAGAUGUAACAGAAGAAGUGUCUUUAGCACAUUGCACAGUCCCAGAUGAUGUCUUAGCUUCUGAUAUUACUUCAGCCUCAAUGUCUAUGCCAGAACACGUCUUGACGAGUGAAUCCAUACACGUGUCUGACAUUGGACACGUUGAACACGUUGUUCAUGAUAGCGUAGUAGAGGCAGAAAUCGUCACUGAUCCUCUGACAGCCGAUGUAGUGUCAGAAGAAGUAUUGGUAGCAGAUUGUGCCUCAGAAGCAGUCAUAGAUGCCAACGGGAUCCCUGUGGACCAGCAGGAGGAUGACAAAGGCAACUGUGAGGACUACCUUAUGAUUUCCUUGGAUGAUGCUGGCAAAAUAGAACAUGACGGUUCCUCUGGAAUGACCAUGGAUGCAGAGUCAGAGAUCGAUCCUUGUAAAGUAGAUGGCACUUGCCCUGAAGUUAUCAAGGUGUACAUUUUUAAAGCUGACCCUGGAGAAGAUGACUUAGGUGGGACUGUAGACAUUGUGGAGAGUGAGCCUGAGAAUGAUCAUGGAGUUGAACUACUUGAUCAGAAUAACAGUAUUCGUGUGCCAAGAGAAAAGAUGGUUUAUAUGACUGUCAACGACUCUCAGCAAGAAGAUGAAGAUUUAAAUGUUGCUGAAAUUGCAGAUGAAGUUUAUAUGGAAGUGAUUGUAGGAGAGGAGGAUGCUGCUGCCGCUGCAGCAGCUGCUGCCGCCCAUGAGCAGCAGAUGGAUGACAACGAAAUCAAAACCUUCAUGCCAAUAGCAUGGGCAGCAGCUUACGGUAAUAAUUCUGAUGGAAUUGAAAACCGGAAUGGCACUGCAAGUGCCCUCUUGCACAUAGAUGAGUCUGCUGGGCUUGGCAGACUGGCUAAACAAAAACCAAAGAAAAGGAGAAGACCUGAUUCCAGGCAGUACCAAACAGCAAUAAUUAUUGGCCCUGAUGGACAUCCCUUGACUGUCUAUCCUUGCAUGAUUUGUGGGAAAAAAUUUAAGUCGAGAGGUUUUUUGAAAAGGCACAUGAAAAACCAUCCUGAACACCUUACCAAGAAGAAGUACCGCUGUACUGACUGUGAUUACACUACCAACAAGAAGAUAAGUUUACACAACCACCUGGAGAGCCACAAGCUUACCAGCAAGGCGGAGAAGGCCAUUGAAUGCGAUGAGUGUGGAAAGCAUUUCUCUCAUGCUGGGGCUUUGUUUACUCAUAAAAUGGUGCAUAAGGAGAAAGGAGCCAACAAAAUGCACAAAUGUAAAUUCUGUGAAUAUGAGACAGCUGAACAAGGGUUACUGAAUCGCCACCUUUUGGCGGUCCAUAGCAAAAACUUUCCUCAUAUAUGCGUGGAGUGUGGUAAAGGUUUUCGUCAUCCAUCAGAGCUCAAAAAGCACAUGCGAAUCCAUACUGGCGAGAAGCCGUACCAAUGCCAGUACUGCGAAUAUAGGUCUGCAGACUCUUCUAACUUGAAAACGCAUGUAAAAACUAAGCAUAGUAAAGAGAUGCCGUUCAAGUGUGACAUUUGUCUUCUGACUUUCUCGGAUACCAAAGAGGUCCAGCAACAUGCUCUUAUCCACCAAGAAAGCAAAACACACCAGUGUUUGCAUUGUGACCACAAGAGUUCGAACUCAAGCGAUUUGAAACGACACAUAAUUUCAGUUCACACAAAGGACUACCCCCAUAAGUGUGACAUGUGUGAUAAAGGCUUUCAUAGGCCUUCAGAACUCAAGAAACAUGUGGCUGCCCACAAGGGUAAAAAAAUGCACCAGUGUAGACAUUGUGACUUUAAGAUUGCAGAUCCGUUUGUUCUAAGUCGCCAUAUUCUCUCAGUUCACACAAAAGAUCUUCCGUUUAGGUGUAAGAGAUGCAGAAAGGGAUUUAGGCAACAGAAUGAGCUUAAAAAGCAUAUGAAGACACACAGUGGCAGGAAAGUGUAUCAGUGUGAGUACUGUGAGUAUAGCACUACAGAUGCCUCAGGCUUUAAACGGCACGUUAUUUCCAUUCAUACAAAAGACUACCCUCACCGUUGUGAGUACUGCAAGAAAGGGUUCCGAAGACCUUCAGAAAAGAACCAGCACAUAAUGCGACAUCAUAAAGAAGUUGGCCUGCCCUAA